AUGCUGCGACGCUGCUGGGUGGCACUCCACGUUCAGUCCCAUCAAAAGAAGCGCGGGCAGCACCCAAACGCGGGCACGCGUUACGGCCGCGUGUACAACCGCGGGUUUAUUCGGUACGGCUUUGGGGGCUUUGGGAUGUCCGUCUACACGCCCAAAAAGGACCGCCGCUUUAGAAUUCGACCAGUUCCGCAGGCGGCGACGGCGCCGCUCUCGGAUGAGAAUGGGCUGUCGCCGACAACGCGGACGCUCUCGCCAAAUUUCCGCAUGUUCGCGUUAAGCGACGGCGGGGUUUUGGUCACGCAUCCCUCCCAUCAGCAGAUUAUGCGGUGGAAUCAGGGCGUGCUGGACGAGGAGUGUAAGGCGACGGGGAUGACCUCCAUGGAUAAUUAUAUUAACUCCCGUAUUCAAGCCAUCAUCGCCGACAACACCAUCGAGAACAUCUCUAUUAGUCAGUGGCGGAAAACGCAUAUGUGGAAUCUGAUCAAAGCUCAUGGUAGUCUACAGCGUCGGUGGGGAACUCCUGACUAUGUGAAGGGAGUUCGAAGUACGCUGUAUAAUUUAAACUGA